UCGACCUCAACUUCGUCACUAUCCAGCUUUGCGACAAUAUCAAUCUCCUCCUCGUCCUCGGCUACAAACCACGCAAUAUCGGGUUAAAUCCAUUCAUCGAAGAAGCUGUCAGCAUCUACAGUAAUACCUGCAUACCUUAUACACCAAACGGUAGAAGGAAAAGCUACCGUUACCGAUCAACCAACCAAUCUUAUCAGCCCGACACUUUUAUUUCCGCCAAGAUGAAGCCUGUUGUCUCUGCCCUGAAUGCAUGGAGCUGUAUCGUGGUCUCCGUUUUUGCCAUCGUCAUUCUGUCGAUCAUCGGCAGCUUGUUCAGCCGUGAGCACCAUGCGAUGGUCGGCUCGACGGAAGACCCAGUCGAUGGCAAGGCUGUUGCUGGAUCUAUAUUUGGUGCUGUUGUCAUCUACGGUGUAUUCCUCGUUUUCUGCGGCUUCCAAGCGUUCCUGCACAUGCGAGAAAGUCGGCGGGGCGCAAUCUCGCUUUCGUGAUUAAACUGCAAAGACAGCAUGGGCAGAAGAGGGUGCCUCAAGCAGAUCGACUAUCCACUCUUCUCGACUGCAUAGAACGCCAUGUUUAUCGUUUGUGAAUAUCUUCAGAAUUUCACAACGGCCACGAAUGUUCAUUCUACUCUAGUUGUAGAUUUAUUUUGACAGCAGGAGUUUAGGGGGUUCUCUAGCAUGACUUUUCAACUUUUACUUUUUCUUCUCUUUGAAAGAUCUGAUUAAAUCAUUAAUACCAAGACAGCCAUUUUCAUUUCCUUGCGUGCAAUUCCGCAACAUUCAAUACAGUCAAUGACACGUGAGGG